AGAUUACAAGACACAAAUACAGAAAUCAAGCGCUGCUAACUCAGUAAUCACCGAAGACAAUGUCGACACCUAACCACCAAGACGAUCUCGAUCUCCUCCUGUCGCUUGAGGAUCGCGUGCUCGAAACGCCGCCGGCUUCUCCAUCAGGGUAUUUAUCAGACGAUGGGAGGCCACAGCGAACUGGGCCUGUGGAUUUGUCUGCUUUCCGAGAUGUGGUGGGAGAUUGCCUUGAUUAUGAUGCUAAAGAUGCCAAGAGAGCUCAGAGCUCUGGGAAGAGCAAGAGCAAAGGCUCGAAAGAUAUUGAAGUUGAGAAGUUUUCAGGAUUGCGAAUCCAGAAUCCAGUGGUCUCCCGUGUUGAGUUGAGCAACCAUUUAUCAGAUAUUAAAUAUGUUCAGUUAGACACAAUAAAGAAUUUGAUUAAAGGAGAUACUCUGUCUGGGUGUUGGGCCACUAUUGGUGUUUUAGCAGAAAAGGGUGCACCGAGGAUGAGUUCCAUAGGAAAGACUUUUGCAAUUUGGAAAAUUGGAUGCUUAGGUGAUGAGACCAUUUCUCUCUUCUUGUUUGGGGAUGCAUAUCAGAAGAGCUGUGAGGCGAAAGUAGGAACCAUCUUCGCUCUACUCAAUUGCAGCGUCCGCAAAGAUAAACCAGGAACAUUUUCAUUGAGUAUCUUUGCUGCUAAGCAUAUUCUGAAGCUAGGCACUUCUGCAGAUAUGGGGGUUUGUCAGGGAAAAGGAAAGGAUGGAGACCCUUGCACAGCAGUUAUUGACAAACGGCGUAGAAAAUUCUGCAACUUCCACGCACAUAAUUCUUCGAAGAAAUACACAUCUACAAGGACAGAGCUCAAAGGAGGGAAUUUAAGGACAGGCUUCAGAGAUUAUCUCAAGUCUGAAGGAAUCUAUGUGGUGAAACCUACAGAAGCGAAAACAAGCUCAACAAAGUCUACUAACGCCUCUAGUUAUAGGUUCAUAAAAUGCGUCACCGUCGGAGACGGAGGCGUUGGUAAAACUUGCUUGCUCAUUUCCUACACCACAAACUCCUUUCCUACGGGUUACAUCCCGACUGUAUUUGACAAUUUUAGUGUGAAUAUGAGGGUGGGUGGGAGCAGUGUUAAUCUAUCGCUGUGGGACUCUGCUGGUCAGGAGGAUUACAAUAGAUUGAGACCACUAAGCUACCAUGGAGCUAAUGUGUUUAUACUUGUAUUCUCUCUUAUUUCCAAAACUAGUUAUGACAGUGUCCACAACAAGUGGAAUUCUGAGUUGAGGCAUUAUGCUCCUAAUGUUCCCAUAAUUGUUGUCGGAUCAAAGACUGAUCUUCGAGAUGAUAAACAAUUCUUUGUGGACGACCCUGAGGCGGUACUCAUCUCAACUGCAGAGGGAGAGGAGCUCAAGGAAAUGAUUGGAGCAGCUGCUUACAUUGAAUGUAGUUCCAAGACACAACAGAAUGUGAAAGCUGUCUUUGAUGAAGCUAUCAAGGUCAUUGUGCAGCAACCAAAACAAGGGAAGAAAAAGAAGACAAAGGGCCAACAAAAGUGCAGCAUACUGUGA